AGAGGGAGAAGCGGCGUCGGGCGCCGAGGAGCCUCCGGCCUUUUCCCCGCCGGGCCGCCCUCUCUCUCCGCCCCUUCCCGGCCCCGGCGGAGGCGGAGGCGGGGCGGGGCGGGGCGCGGGCGGGCGCGGGGCUUUAGCUGGCGCGGAAGAGGCGCCUCGCCCACUCGGCCUGAGCGCGGCUGGCGGAGCUUGGUCGGCGCAGCGCAAGCGGAGGAGACCCGAAGCAGCGCCAGAGCAGCCAGCCAGCCAGCCAGCGCACACGUGGCACCGCGCCGCCGCCGCCAUGGGCAGAGGGGUGAGUGAGCCAGCCGGGGAAGGAGGGAGCGAGGGAGGGAAGGGGGUCCCGCCGCCGCCGCCCCCGCCUCGAGCCCCGGGCUGCCCAGCCAAGCCCUCCCGCCGCCCGCUCUCCGUGGAGCGGGGAGGGAGCCGGAGCCGGGCGCGCCGCGAGGCUCUUUCUGCGGGGCGGCGAGGCGGGCAGGGCGCUGGGCAUCCGGCCGGGGGGCGACUCGGGAGGGCGGGCGGGCGAGAAAGAAGAACUUGCCCCCGGCGCGGAAAGAGGCUUCUCGCUCUGCUCCCCAAAUAGGAAGACUUCCGAAUUCUGCUGCCUCGUUUUUCGUUCGGGGAUCACUUUAUUGGGUUUUUAGAAGCCAGGCUCAUCCAUGAUCCAAGGAAGGAGAGCGCAUCUGGUGUCCCUGCUCUGUCCCCAAACAGCCCCCCACCUCCUUUGCAGCCCCCCUGGGGCUCCCGCUCUCCUGCUUUGCCGCUUAGCUCGCCUUGGGGGCUCUUCUCUGGCCCGGCCGGAUUGGGACCCGGAGGCCGCCCCUCCGUCCUCUCCUCCGCCCCGCUUCCCGGCCUGGCCUUUGGCUUUCCGUCUUCUGGGCUGGCAGGUGCUGAGUUCAGGAGCUGCAGAAAGAGCCGGCAGCCGAAGGGGAGUUUCAGUGGGAAGCCCGACUGCAGAGGCAGAGCAAGGCUUUUGAACCUGCAGCUCACCUGCUGCUCUUCAGAAGGAAGAGAAGAAAGAGAAGAAAGGCCCCUGGGCUGGCUGCCUGGAGGGAGAAGGGAGCCAUUUUCUUCGCAAUUGCAGAGUUACAAAAUGGGUUAUCAGCGCUUCAGGUGAAAAGGGCUGAUAGGAGGCGGGCUGGGGCAGACAUGAUGUUAUCUUUCUGUUUUCCUGUAGCUUGGACGUGCCUCUCUCUGCACCAGCUUAGACCAGAUUCGGGAAGGGAAGGGACUUGCCGGCAGGAAUUCAAAAAUGGUCCGGGCUCCAGCUGGCUGGCUUUUUCAAUAUUGGGCAACCACUUUGGGGCAGGAGGUCCAGUCAUGGGAGAGAGAGAGAGGCUGUCGCCAUGACAGAAAGUGGAAGUGGCCCCAGGUCCCUCCGGCUUGGAAAUCAUGUUGACCUUCCCAGGACUGUAGUGCUUUCCUGUGAAUAUCUACGAAAAACUUUCCAAAGUCUGGCAGGUUUUUCUUUUUAGAGGCCGUGCCUAGAAAAACAGCUAGAAAUGGAAGACCGGGGUGAUGAGCCCUGGUCGAUUUAGGCCUGAAAGUCUCCGGUUUGAUUACGUGUGUAUUAUACAAAAAGCUUAUUCUGCCUUUUCUCCAGGGAUUUAAGUUCUACCCUUGCUGCCCUGGGCCUGCAAGGCAGGUUAGGAAGAAAGGUGGGAUUUGCCCCACGUCACCCAAUGAGCCUUAAUGGCUGAAUAAGGGGCUUGAACCCAAGGCCUAAUGUGACAGCGCCCCCGUCUCAAGUUGAAAUACCUUUCAUGUGCUCAAUUUGAAAGCAUAGUGGUUUUCCUUAACUGUACUUCUGUAGAGGCCUCAGGGUCCAAGUUUUGCAGGAUGGUUAAUUAAGAAGGCUAAUUAAGCGGGCGGGACAAGUAGAAACAGGAGAGGCCGUUGCCUAAUUGUGGAAACAUCUGAGUGACAAGAUCCUACAGCUUGAUGCAGUGGGGCAGUAAAGUUUGCAUUGCUCUUGGUAGUCUGUACCAUUAGCACAUCGUGUGUAGUAUUUCGUUGCCUUUGGGUAGCUUUCGUUUAGUGCCCCAGACAGCCAUGCCAUUCAUUUAGCUGAACUCCUCCCUAGUGACUUCCCUUUUCUUGCUGGAUGUAAAGGAUGAUCACAUCACUUGGCUUCGCACUGGCUUUUUUUUUCGUAGACAGGGAAUAUUUUGCGUUGCUUUUCAUAGAAAUGUAGAGUUGGAAAAGGUCCUGAGGGUCAUCUUUUGCACGCCCCCCCCCUUGCAAUGCAGGAAUCCUAUAACUGCAAUCUAUAGCCUGUUUGCUUGAGGCUUCAGCCUUCUUGCCCUUUCUAGUACAACCCUGAACAUGUUUAACUCCAGAAGCAAUUCUUAGAGUUCAUUGGGGUGUUCUGCCUUUUCUUCCCUCUUGUGCCCUCCAGCCAGUCCCGCUCUCUUGAAAGUAUGUGAACUGCAUGGUUGAGGUAGUGAGCACACCUGAUGGUUCUCCUGUUUUCUUGCAGCAAAGGUAGCUGAGGGUAAACGACUAGGGAGAUCACAGUGCAGAGGUUUGUCUGUAAAAUUCGUAGCAGAGUCGCAAGCUGUUCUGCGGCUCGCUCUACAGUCCUGGAUGUAUGCUGGCCGUCUCCCAAUACAAACUAGUUUUAAGAUGGGGGUGCUGGUGGCAAGCAUUGGUCUGAACUGGCUUUGACCAGUAACGACUCGUUCAGUUCAGUGCCAUUUGCAGCCAUGGAGUUGCAACCUUAAUUGCCAAAAACAGGAAAAAUAGCUUUGAUUGAGCGCUGUCUGUUUUUUGCCUUCGCUAUGUUAAAGCAAACAAAGCUGAGAUUCUGCAGUCUGGGAAUUCUCCUUGUUAGCACUGGCUUCAUUAAGCAAACCACAGAGGAAUCUCAGAUUCAGAAGAGUCGGAGGUAAAAAAACAAAACACCCUUCCACACCAUUCACAGUGACUCUGAUAUUUCAACACAAGAAAAAUGGAAAAUUACUUGAACCUGUUUUGUUACUUUUUUGAGCAGGGUAUACCUUUGGAUUCGGUGUUUAUGUAACCGGAGAUUCUAGUAUAGCUUCAAGAUUUAACUUGCUUACACUCUAGAGUAUUACUGUGGAUGUUAACAGGGGCUCUCUAUUCCAACUGCAGUUGUGUCUAUUAGCCUGCACACAUUUUAUUCUUCCGGACGCCAUUUUCGGUUUAAGAACUGCGUGAAGUUCCCAGGUCGGCUGUUGCUUCUCCAUUGCUGGAUAUAUGUAGAGAUGAACUAUCCAGUACUGGGGGAACUGCAGUUGCUUUGUACUAAUGUAUCCCUUUAUCCACACCAAACAUGGAUAUCCUGAAGGGAUCUGAGUUUUUUUGUUAUUUGUGGCAUUUAUGCAUGAAACGGAAAAAUCAUUUUUUAAAAGUCAGAAAGCAUUCACAUUUUAAGAUCCCGUUUAAUCCUUCAAAUUUAUGCUUAUGGAGCAAAAUUCAGAGUAAAACAGUGAUUAAAGAGUUUUGCCAAUGUCCACAGUGUGUGUUUCCUUUUAAUUUCCAGAACUUUAGGGCUCUCCUAAAGCCUUCUGUACUAUCCGAGCUACGGAUCUUGUCAGGAGGAGAGGGCAAAUUUUUCCAUUGCCCCAUCAAGGUCUGCUGACUUCUUCUGAGAAUUUUUAUUGUCUCAAAAGGCUUUGGAUUUGUAUUAUAUUGCACCAGUAAUAUUAUCUGAGAUUAAAGCUGGGGUGUUGAGCAGUCCAGAAACACCCCCCAAACCCUGCAACCCCUGGAGUGAUGAGACUGGUUAUCACUUCUAUAAUCGUGUGGAUGUCAUGAGCAUUUUUAUGGGAUUCAUGACACGCCAGUGUGGAAAUUUACUGUACUGCUACCGUUUUCCUUCCCCACGUACCAGGAACUCACAAAAUUGCUCUUUCCCCCUUUCCAAUGCUGACCUUCAAAAACCGUGCACAGUCUCGCAGUUGGGUUCCCUUCCACAACGGAAUGCAUUUUGGCUCUAACCAGAGCUGCGAUAGCAAAAGGUGGGAGCAAUAAUUUGAGCACCCACAAUAAUUGAUUUCCUUGUGACCCUAGAUUGUUUUGGAUUCUGAGCUUAGGCAGUUGUGGAUUUGGGAGUUGAUGUUCUUGGCCCAUUUUGGACUUUGUUUACUUUCAGGAACCUGAAUAGGUAGGAGCAAAAUGUGUGUAUGUUUAUAACUCUUGUACUUAAAUUUAAAAAAAAUUAAUGAAGUGAAAAUGCUUGGAACAAGUAAAUAUAUAUUUCAUGAGAAGCAUUCAUAUACUUGCUAUAGACUGAGGGAUAGCUCAGUAGGUAGAGCAUGAAACUCGUAAUCUCAAGGUCAUGGGUUCAAGCCCCAUGGUGGGCAAAAGUUUCUUACAUUGCAGGGGUUGGACUAGAUGAUCCUCAUGGUCCCUUCCAGCUCUACAAUUCUGAAUCCAGUUAAUUGUUCCCUUGUGUAGCAACAUGCAGGUGGUUUUCCAUUUCUGCACAGAGAAAUACAACAGUUGCUGGGCUGUGCCACCAGUUGCAACUAAAGCUUGCUGUGCACAGAGGCUUACGGCCAAUGACUAUGAUCUGCUAAAUAUGCCGUUUCGGCUCCUCUGGGAGGAAUGACAGGAUAGAAAUGUAAUAAAUAAUCAUGACUGUGACUCACUCCGGAACCCAUCUUGAAUUGGCUUUAUUAGCCAGUCUGUAAGAUGGGCACCAGUGACUCCCCAAGGGCACUGUGCCUGCGAGAUAAUUUUUGAGGACAGGAAGAAGAUGUCUUUCAUCAUGCUGAAAUUUGGAAUAGGCAAAAGCAGCAAGUCUCUUGCACAGCUCCUGUGUGCUCCAAAGUUCAGAAUGGUAAGACUAGUAGGAGGGGAGCAGGUUCUCAGGAUGGCUUCUGAGAGAGGUCCUCUUCAAGCAGGUGAGCCAGUGAGUUGACUUGAGAAAACCUGUGCAUGGAAAAGCUUCCAACUGAAAUAAACGGCAUGACUGAUAUGUAAGAAAUGGUGUGUGUAUCUAAGACCUUCAAGGGAGGAGAAGAGGGGGAGAUCCGCCUCUUUCCUCAGUUCCAGGACUAAACAUGUCACAGUGAGCUUUCCCAACUGGUGGCAGAUUUCCUCCCCCAGCAUGGCCACUGCUUGAAUAUUACUUGAAAUACAACAGGAUUGAAAUAACUCCUUGAAAUAUACCAGACUGAAGACUUGGUGGAUUAGUUAGGGAUGGAAAAUCCCAGGAAAAGGGAGGCGGUCAUGCCAGGCACAUGGGCUUGGCCUCAUGUUUUCCAGGGUGAGGGAACAAGCAAGACGACGGCUGGGGAGGGCGCAGAUUGUGGUAUAGCUGUCAAUCAGGGCAUAAUUAUUUUAUCCUCAUGCCCCAGUAUUCCAUUCAGAUCAAGCCAGCCUCUUGUUAGCUAUGUAUGCUCCUUGGAGGAGUCCAUCCCUUGUCUUGGAAAUGGUACAUUGGCUUGGUUCAUCCCGGCAAUAAUGCCCCAUAUAAGGAAUGCAAGACUUGAAGCGAGAGAGCAACUUACCUGUCUUUCCCUGAAAUGGUCAGGUGAGAGAGGCAGUUGUCGUCUGAUUGUUUUUCCGGGAUCCAGUUCUGGAACUCCUUGAAUGAAUUGACAGAAACGGAGUUGUAGUUCUGCAUUUAUACUACUGGCCUGGCUGCUGUCAACAUCCUCAUGUCUGAAAAUGCCAUAAAGGGAGACACUGUUUAGAGAUGGGUGCAAACAGAGCAGUAUUGGGACCAGCUGAAAUGUAUAUAUAAGUAGUGAGCUAUUCUUUGAGUUUCACAGAACUCUUCCAUUGGCUGAACGGUAAAAGAGAAAAAAGGGGUUUGGCUCAAGUCCUGUGUACAGUAAAUGGCAGCCCUGAAGUUCAGGAAGCUCUUUGUGGACUGACUAUGUUUGUGCCUAGCACAAUAGAUCUUGAGUUUUCCCAAAAGGAUAUGGAAACAAAGAUGGGAUGACAGCUCUGUGAAAUACAAAAGCCAGCAUUUAUUCAGAUCUAUUUCUAGCACUAAUGGAGAUUAUGAUCCCCUACAAGGUAGAGAUAUAAAGCAAAGCAAAAUAUGGUUAGUCUAAGAAGAAGCAAAGUUGGAGAUCAAUUUUAAGUGUGGACUAGGCAUAGUAGCCAAAUUGGGUAGGAUUGUCUAGUGGUUGGAAGAUAUACUGCUUCUUCCACAGAUAAAUUGUAUGUUCAUUUAAGGUUUAUAUUACUGAUUUUCAGGAGGACCUCACAAAGUGGUUAAUGUAAGAUCAUUACACCAAUAAGCACUAUUUAAAUAAAAAGAAAUAUGUUGGGGUUUUGUUCUUUUUAGAAGAAGCUGUUUCUGCUUCUUCUCACUCCCCUCAGGGCAAUAUGGUCCUUCAGAGGCCCCUGUUUGUGGCAGUUGGAGAAGGAGAGGCCACUGGUGAACUUUCCAUUACUGGGUGAUGGGGCAUCUGGAUCCAGUUUGAAUGCUCCCUUUGCUGGAUGACUAAAACAUUGAGGUGGGUUGGCGUAGGUUCCUCAGAAGGCAGCCGCUGGCCUGUUCAUAGAGUUCUAGCCUCAGUGCAGAAGUUCAAUUCACGUUCAAACUGAUGAAAACAAGUGUGUAGCAACAUUGCUUUCAUACUGGCUGAACCCUGGCAAAUUUUUAUUUGUUUUUCCUUGAAUUUUCCCACCACACUUGCCAUCCUCCACUUCCUCUCUCUUUGAGAACCACUUCCUUAAGCAGUGGGCUCACUCCUCUUGAAAAAGGCUUUCUAGCUGAUAAAAGUAGGCCGCCCCGGAGUGCAGGAGCAGAACUGGAUCUCCCCUAAGCCAAAGAAAUAGCUGUCUCCUUUGACGUAUCUUGCCUGCAAACCUGGGUGGGAAGCAACCAAAACUGCAAAUACAGUGGUACCUCAGUUUACAAUCUUAAUCCGUUCUGGAAGUCCGUACUUAAACCAAAACCGUUCCUAAACCGAGGCGCGUUCUCCCUAAUUAGGCCUUCUGCCGCCGGUGCCCUUCCACAGUUCGAAUUCCGUUCUUAGACCGAGGUAAAGUUCGCAAACUGGGACACUACUUUCGGUUUUGCAGAGUUCGUAAACUGAAUCGUUCGUAAACAGGGCUGUUCUUAAACCGAGGUACCACUCUACUUGUUUGUGUGUCGAGUGUGUGGGUGAUUUAUCUUGACUUUUUAAAGAUACUGAGUAGUACACACAGUCCCUUUUUCUGCACAGAUUCCCAGUAUCCAGUUGUUUCUCUGACUCCCUUCAGUAGCCAUUCUCAAGCAAUAAUAGAUCAGAAAUUGGGGUGCCGGCUGGUUGCCUUAGCCAGUUUUGGCUUUCCAGAGCAGCCAGCGUCCGACUUCCCUUGUGGGGUGCACUGAUUAUCCCAGAUGGCGAUUGGUGGUGGGGAGAGUUGCCUUAGGAAGAUAACCGUUGUUCUGUUGCUGCAGCCACAGAAACAGUAGCUCCAGCUGUCCUUGAGAUGCUGUUUUAAUGAUGUCACUAUAAUAGCAGAGCAGAUUCCCAGGGACUUUGUUUUAUGUACUCUAGCUUUUAUCUUGUCCAGAUUGAAAAGAGCAGCGCUCCUACUCGUCUAACCCUCAGCUUUGUCUUACAUUUGGGAUAUGGCACAAGCAGUUCUAGUUGCACAAGGCUCCGAAAUAUGGAGAAGCUCUUGGCAUAUUUACAAAAGAGAGCCCAGAAAGGAGGGAGGAAGAAAAAUGUUGCUUUCUGAAGGCAGCACCCGUAUCCUCGUUUUUCACUUAAUAAUUCUUCUUACACCAACCCACUAAAAUAGGUCAGUUUUAUGCCUGUAUUGCAGAUGAGAGGCUGAGAACUCUUGGCUUAAGCCAUAGCAUCUUCACUGUGCUGCGCCUCAUGUCUAAGCAUAAUGUUCUUCAUUAUAUAUUUCAUCUUCUGUAUAUCUAGCCAACAUGACUUGCAAUGUAAUCCUGUACUCUGAAGUAAUCCCAUUGAAUUAAUGGUGGCUUGCAGUCAGCUAAGUACGUAUAAGACCGCAACAUCUGAACAUUGGGCGUUUCGACAAUAUUUAGCUUUUUCAAAAGUGUAAACAGUUUAGUAUUGCUUUAAACAAUACAGUCAUACCUCGGGUUACAGCCACUUCAGGUUGCAUUUUUGCGGGUUACGGACUGCCAAAACCUGGAAGUACCGGAAUGGGUUACUUCUGGGUUUUGGCGGUCAUGCAUGCGCAGAAGCGCCGAAUCGCAACCCACGCGUGCGCAGAUGCGGGUUGCGAACGUGCAUCCCGCACAGAUCACGUUCACAACCCGACCGUCCACUGUUCAAGUUCUUAGCAUAAUCUUUGACAGAGAACUAUUUUUUACUUUGUGCAGAAAGAAUUUCAUAAUCGUAUGUGUGUAUAUAGGAGAAUAUUUCAGUUUACUUCACAGAUCUACUAUGACUAAGUGCAUCCUUCAGUAUCCGUGGCUUAAAUCAUCCCUGUUGAAAUGCUGAUUGUUCUGAGAGACUCGAUUGUUCAAACUGUUUGGAAAGAUGCUUUGCUGUAGUUAUUUGCAUCAUAAAUGGAAACAUUAUUAGCCUUGUGGCUUUGUUUUCCCUGUGUAUCUGAAUAACACCAGCGGAUGAUACUUGUUGUUUUGUAUUGGCUGCGUCUCCCUUUCUCACCUGCAUGAAUGCACGGCCCCUCUGCCUGACCUGUUACAGCAUCCUGGCCGCUCUCUUCUGCUCAGGUUUGCACUUCCUGGAGUUCUGUAGAUUUACCAGAACCCAGCGGAUUUCUGAGGCCUUAAGCUUGUUGAUUCAUUAUAUCUCAUUGUGCCCAAUACUCCAACCUGUUGUGGAUCAGAGUGGGUGGUGAGAGGAAACAAGUUGGUAUUGCCCAAAUUCUGACAUCGCCGUGCUACACACACACACACACACACACACACACACACACAGACACACACACACAGACACACACACAGACACACACACACAGACACACACACACACACACACACACACACACAGACAGACAGACAGACACACACACACACACACACACACACACACACGACCCACACCCAAAGCAGGAAGUGUGUGCUUUCUGCUCUUUCUGCUCUUUCUGCUCUCUGCCUCCAAGAGAGGCUGACAGAAUGAAUUGGCUGGCCCUGGCAUGUAAUCUGCAGAGCACUUAAGUCCACUUCAGCAAUUCACAAAGAAAUGGGGUGCGGGGGGGAUUCCAGAAUUUUCCAGGCAUGUGAACUGGAUUGCAGGGGGGGGCGUGCAAGCCACUUUUGAAAUGAGGGCAUGGAAAUAAUAAAGCUGGGCUUGUGUUCAGUACCCUCUUUAUGAUUUUUAUAAGCUGUACUUCCUUUUGAGCUGGAAACGGAAGGGGCAGUGAAAGCCAGCCUGUGUCAAGCAGUCUCUGGUAUGGCUUAUCUGCUGUUAAUCUAAGAUUUCUUGCAUUUCAAUGCUAUUUAAAGCAAAGAGACUGGAAGAGGUGAAGUGGGUUUUGUUUUUUUCUGACAAUAGCACUACAGGUUUUUUCCCCCUUCCUUCCUAAGUGACUUCACUGUUUCCACCUCCCCCAUUUUUUAAAAAAAGAGAAGGGAAAAUAUGAAGUAUGUUGAGCAUUUUCAGCUCAGCUUCAUCUUCUGCACAGAUAAAGCUCCAUUGCAUUUAUUAAAAGCAGCCUGUAGUUUUAUAACAGAGCCCUGAGUGCACUGUAAAAGUAUGAGGAAAAUACUCUUUGCUUCUUUAAUUACAUAGGAUUUUAGGUACUUUGAGAGAAUCAACAUGUGGAGCUCGUAAUUCUGUCAGUAGCCUUCUGGCCUCUGCUUGCCUUUAGCUAUGUUGCCAAUUGUAUGAACUCCAAAGGGGCUGUGGAAAAAGCAUAAAACUUCCCCCAAGUUAACAUCAACAGGUUAUCACUGUUUAUUCCUGUCAGCUUGAUUGAAAAGCUUGGCCUAGUUUAUCCAGCCAGACAAGACAGCAAGUACAGCAUCCAGAUGUAUUUAUUUAUAUUUACUACCUUAUAAAUGUGCACGGUUAAUACAGGGUGGCUUAAAACAAUUAAAAUUGCAACAGUGUGCCAAAUUGACAUUGCAGGCCUAUACAUGUACAGGAAGCCCCAUGGAGUUCCUAAGGGUUCACUCCCAGGCAAGUGUUCACAAGAGCGCAGCUUGAAUCUCUGGUUCAAACUUCCAGCUUCUAAGGGCUCCCCUUUGAACUGCUUGCUUGGAACUGGAACCAUUAAUUGAAUCUCUAUUUGUAGAACGAGAUUCUCCAUGGGCACAUCCUAGUAUCCCAAAGUGGAGGAAGAUUGGGGAGCAGGGUCUCCGCUGUCGGACAAGAGGUGAAGGAGUUGAAAUGACCCUUUGCAUCACCAUCUUUCCCCCAGACAUUAAAAAGGUGUUUCUGUGCAAAAGUUCCCCAUGCAGGCUUCAUUAUACCGGUGAGGAAUAUUUUGAGUACAAAAGCAGGGUUCACUGAGGUUGAGGAGAAUUGCAUUAGCUUCCCACUUAACUAAGUUAAGAAGCCUCCAUCCUUUGGCGUUGACAUUUGGCAUGUUGUCUCUGAACCUAGCCAGUGUCCCUCUUGCAAGACAAAAGCAGACGGCUGUUUUGUUGUUGUUGUUUUUUGCUUUAUCCAGAGUUUGUUGUCGGCUUACAAACCCUGGCUUGAUCACUGGAACCAUUCCUGUUUCGAUUUGCCCUUUGUGUGAAGGAAGGAGGAGUGUGGGAGCAAACAGGCUGUACACACUUGCACGCUGCUUGUUCCCGUUACGGUUUAAGCAAGCCAUAAUUCCUCAAGCAAGGAAUCCUGGCUCAUUGUUCUCUCCAAACAUGGUCAGAUUGUUUAUCCAGUCCAUAAAUCGUUGGAAAAAGCUUUCUAACUGUUCCACGAUGUGGCAGCAUGAAAUGGAUGGAUUGUGCUAAACUUGUGAUAAGACUCGUAUGGGAUGUUCUUAGAAACGACCACACUCUUAACAGAAUUAGUCGGGAUGCAGAUUGUCGUGUUUCUAAAGAAUGUUUUCAGUUUCCUGUAGUGUGACUAACAAUGCAAGUGCACAUAUCUUACAGAGGGCUUGCUGCAAUGUGAAAAAGAAACAUGCUCACAUUGGCUCAACUCAGGCACCAUAUUUAAGCUAUGGUUUGUACUAACCAAGAGGGAUGCGGGUGGCGCUGUGGGUUAAACCACAGAGCCUAGGGCUUGCCGAUCAGAAGGUCGGCGGUUUGAAUCCCCGCGACGGGGUGAGCUCCCAUUGCUCGGUCCCUGCUCCUGCCAACCUAACAGUUCAAAAGCACGUCAGAGUGCAAGCAGAUAAAUAGGUACCACUCCGGUGGGAAGGUAAACGGCGUUUCCGUGCGCUGCUCUGGUUCGCCAGAAGCGGCUUAGUCAUGCUGGCCACAUGACGCGGAAGCUGUACGCCGGCUCCCUCAGCCUAUAGAGCGAGAUGAGCGCCGCAACCCCAGAGUCAUCCACAACUGGACCCAACGGUCAGGGGUCCUUUUACCUUUUGUACUAACCAUAGUUCAGAACAUAAAUCAUGGUUUGAGCUUCCAGAUGAACAGCUGCCACUUGAGCUGAAACAAAUGGUCUUGGAGGUUGCCUGUUUUUGUUUUCCAUCCUUGCAAUAGCUAACUUGAUGAAUUCAUUCCCAUAUCAAAGAUGCAGCAGCUCCUGCAAACAGAUGGAUGGACAUCACUAUGGCCCAUCAGUUCUGACAUAAACCACCUCAGUCUUAGUGCAAAUCCACUUUGAACCUCUAAGACCUUAGCCAUUGUGCUUUUUUACUCAGUUUCUGGUAGUUUCUAAAUAGGAGGGGUUUUUUUAGUUCGCAGUGAGUCCCUGUGAGUGCGAUGCGUUGACCAGGAGUUCUCUCAGUAUAUUUGUUAAAUAAUAUCUGCCGUGAGAGAUGUGCUUGUCUCCCUUUUUAAAAUUCAGUUAAAUAGGGUUUUUAUGUGGAAUCUUAGGCUUUUAAUCAUUGCCCUUGCCACUUGGAUUUUAAAUUUGCAAAUGGCUUUUUAUUGUACCUAAUUGUAAACCUCUCAAAGGGCACCACAAACAGCUGGUGGAAAUCAUUGUUACCAUCCUGGCCCCUGUGAUGGUUGCUUUUGUGUUGCCUACAGUGCAAUUUGGUUCACUCAGAAGUAAAUCCAGCUAUGUUCAAUAGGCUUUAGCGCUCGGGAGAAUUCAAAUGUCCCCACAAUAAUUGCUUCUAAUAUUCUUACAGACAGGUCUGAAUUUCUCUUUGAUAGAGAGACCUAUAACUGAAAGGUAGAGAGCAUUUUGUAUCUGUCAGGUUCAGGGUGGAUUUAAUUUAAAUCACUAGUCAGUAAGACGUGAUUUUAAUUCUACUUUUUUUUACAGAAAGACUCAUUCUUGCUGGUAUAAUCUUAAUAUUUACAACCAGAUAAAGGUUUCAUUUUCGGAAUAAAAAAUUUUCAGUCGUUUUUACAGUUAUAUCAAAAAUUACUGAUUUGGUUAUACUAUUAGAAAUACAUUGACAGAUAAUUAUGAAAUUAUUGUGAGGUUUAAUAAGUUAACUGUUUAUAUUUGGACAACUUUUCUGCUGUACUUUAUUGCAAGGAGAAAAAUAAUCAUUUCCUGAAUAACAAUUUAAACAAUUUAUUUAACUUAAACAAUAACAUUAUAGCAUAUGUAUCCAUGUUUGUUAACUGAUGUUGUUAAACAAUUAACUGAGUUUUAGCACACAUGAAAACUUUAAAACAAGUCCUUAUUUCCUGAUAAAUAGCCUUUGGACUAUAAUGUAACUUAAAUAGAAAGCUAUCUUUAGAAAUAUUUUUCCUCCAAAAGCAUUUUAUUUUAAAAAUCCAAUUUAAAGAAAAAAAGAUUUUUUAAAAAUAUAUGUUUUUAAAAAUCAUUGUUUUUUAUCUGCCCUGGUCAGGUUCCACAUUUAAUUGCUGCACGUUAUUUCACCAGUUCAGGUGUGCCUGGCAGCAGAGGUGGGAAGGAGCUUUGCUCAGGGCGUUGGGGCGGGUCAGAAUUUGACAUGACGAAGCUGCGUGGACUGUUUCAUUGCAAGGCAAAUGAUUUCUGACUUUUCUUACAGACUGGACGUGACAAGUAUGAGCCUGCGGCUACAUCUGAGCAUGGAGCCAAGAAGAAAAAGGGGAAGAAGGAGAAGGAUAUGGAUGAACUGAAAAAGGAAGUUUCGCUGGUAAGGACCUUUUGACAUGUGGGGGUAGAGGUGUGGGUGACUCAGCUCAUGAAGCAAGAGUUGGCCUUUCAAACUUCCCAAAGAUGGUUUCCUAAAUUUCAGUUAGGUGCCCUGUUUCCUGCUCUGAACUUAGCUAUAAGAUUCAAGCUUCAUUCACUUUCCUGGGCUUUAUUGGCUAGCUAUCAUAUUUUUGGGGAACAAAAGUAUCGUGAGGCGCAGUGUUUUGCCUAUUUGCUGUGGUGCCAGAACCUUCUAUAAGUUGUCCUCUUGCUAAAAUUUCAGCCUCUCAUUCCUCUGACAGUUGCCCUGUUCUUCCCACAACCCUCUUUACAAAAAAAAAAAAAAUCUGGUUGGCAUCGAAAUACAGUUUCUCUCUCUCUUGUAUAUUGUAAAUUAUAAUAUAUGUUUUAAUAUACGGAAGUGGCGCUAAACAGUGGUCUAAACCACUGAGCCUCUUGGGCUUGCUGAUCAAAAGGUCGGCAGUUCGAAUCCCUGUGACGGGGUGAGCUCCCAUUGCUCUGUCUCAGCUUCUGCCAACCUAGCAGUUCGAAAGCACAUCAGUGCAAGUAUUUAAAUAGGUGCCGCUGCAGCAGGAAGGUAAACGGCAUUUCCGUGUGCUCUGGUUUCCGUCACGGUGUCCUGUUGUGCCAGAAGCGGUUUAGUCCUGCUGGCCGCAUGACCUGGAAAGAUGCCUGUGGACAAAUGCCGGCUCCCUUGUCCUGAAAGCGAGAUGAGCUCCACAACCCCAUAGUCACCUUUGACUAGACUUAACUGUCCAGGGGGCCUUUACCAUUUUUUACCUUUGGAAAUAUAAAUAUAAGGGAAGGACACUCGCUGGCCUCAGGGAAGCUGCCUCCCUAGAAUAACAUCAUGGCAAGGAAAAUUGGCAUUUGGAGCUUUAGGGCUGUAGAGCGAAAGAGAAAGCCCUUUGACCCCAGACAUCAGCCAGUGUACUAAGGGUUGGGGUGUUUGUGUUGGUGUGUGUGAGAGAGAAGUGAGUUUGGGGUUCUCUGUAUCACAGCGUGUUGCCUUUGAGAAUCAUUUGACUGAAAUAAACAAAUGCAGUAAGUAUUAUGGUGAAUUUACUUAUUUGAAAUAUUUCUGUACUGCCCUUCACUAAAAUUGGUCCCAGUAUGGUGUAAACAAUUAAUGUCCAAACAGUAAAAACACAUAAUAAAGCAACUGGCGAAUAAAACAAAAGCCAUAAGGAAAAUGGAACCAUUUGCGUUUUUUCUUUUUUAAGGUUUGAAAAAAUAAGGAGUUUUCUCCAGUCCCCUGGGGUGGGGCGGGAAAACUAUGGAUACUAAUCAAGUCACCCUAGAGGGCAUUCCAUGAACUGGGUGCCACAAGUGGAAAGGUACUUGAUUGUCACAUACUUCAAGUCUCAGCUGACAAUCUAACAGAGCAGGUGGGGUGGUAUAGGAGAAAGUGUUCCUUUGCAUUCCUUGGUCCCAUAGAGAAAGAACAGGGUUAGAUUGCCGUCUUUCUCCCAACAAAGAUCUUGUUAGGAGAACCAGAGAAGUUUCUGUGCCAUAACCAAGUCUGGAGCCAGACUGGAAUGAGGUUCAGUAAUGAGUUGCCCAAGAGACCCCGUCUUUGGUACAUCUAUUCAAGCACCGAGCCCCAAAAGAGGCUAUUAGUGACUGGACAACAGGUACCAUAGUCGUCCGAGGCCUAAGAAGGUUUUUAAGGAGAUGUGCUGCUGCCGCCGCCUCAAAGGCUGCUGGGGCUGCUCCCUUUUUCAUGUAGACGUUAAUUACCUCCUGGAUCCAGAGUCAGUCCUCUUCUCCUAGGUUUAGUCCACCGUAGACAAGGGCUGAGUACGCAAGCAGCAAGCCUGAUUCCUCCCAAGUAAUUUAUUCUUAAGCAACAGCAGUUAGAUCCCCACCCCCAAAUUAGACACAAUGCUUUAAUGACAUCCCCAGAUGGUUGUUAGACAGUAAGACUUGAGAUCUGAUCAGUAGGAGUGAUUUUAUCUUUGAAAUGUCUGGCAAAGUCCUCACAGCAGGCCUCCCAGGGGCUCUUGGAUUGCUCCCCGUGGGCCCAAGCUGGAGCAAGCAAAGCUACUCAGAAAAGCUUUGUUGGACAGCUUUCUAAAUAUUCAGUGGUGGUGAAGCGUUGCUUUUUUUGUCACCUUCAUCACCACGGAUUGGGUCCCUCAUUGUGUUGGAUUGUCUUCUCCACUAGCCUUUCACUCUAGAAGCAUUUUGGAAAACCAGGAUGUUGCAUAGCUGGAUUCUCAAGUGGCUGCAACGGGAUAGUCCUAUGCAGUCCUUUGCAUGCAUUCUUGAGAGUAGAUCUCAUCUGAACUCAGUGGGACUUACCUCUAAGCAACCACACAUGGUUUCAGCCUGUAAAACACAUUGGUUGUUAACAAAGGCGUUCUCAAUAGCUGCCUUCCUAAUAGCAAGCUAAGCAAACCUAAAAGGGGCUGUUUCUUGUUCUGUCCUUCUAAAGCAGUGUUUCUCAAACUUGGGUCCCUAUCUGUUGUUGGACUACAACUCCCAUCAUGCCUACCUAGCAGGACCAGUGGGCAGGGAUGAUGGGAGUUGUAGUCCAACAACAGAUAGGGACUCAAGUUUGAGAAACACUUUUCUGAUUUUUUUUAACCUGCUGUUUUCAUUAGGAUCCCCACCAAAGAGAGAGAGAAAUAUCUAGUCAAAUCUAGUAUUAUUAUUUUGCUUCUCAGUUUAGACUAGCAGUUUGGAAGCUACUGCCCACCAUGACCUCCCUGCCUUCUUCUCCCAUUUUUUCAGUUUGGAAUGUCUGCUUGUACUGUUUAGCAAAGGCUUAACACAUAUAAACCCCAUUCAAUAUGAAACCAAGCUAGAAGCAGUCGUCACCAUUUUGGGGGUAAUGUGUUUUGCAUAAGUUAAUUGCAUUGCAUAGAAUUUCUGAAUUUCUUGGGUGAAAUAAAAUCACCACCUAUGCCUUGCUAAUCUUCGCUUUGCUUUGCAGGAUGAUCACAAACUCAGCCUGGAUGAACUUCAUCGGAAAUAUGGUACAGACCUCAGCCGGGUAAGGUGGCCAGCUAUGGAGUGCUCCCCCCCCCAACCCCCCCACAAAUUCUGGUUUGCAAUAACCUUCUAAAGAGCCCUCCUGGUGAAAAAGAAAUUUCUUCUUGCUUAAUGUUUUAGCCACAAUUUGAACGCACCUAGUCUUUCCACACUGGACUGUCCCACUCAGAAGUUGUUACCUCCCCAUUUCCUGAGUGGUUUCUGAGAUUGAGCAGUUGUUUGCCUCACUGCCAUUUACAUUCUGCUAUAAAUUUAUUUAAGAGCCAUGGGAUUUCUUGAACGAUGCUGGAAAAUUGUUCUGGGGCUGUUUCGUGCUUGGAGGAGAUAGAAUAAUACAAGCUUGAUUAAAGGGCUGUGGUCUUUAAUCUCUUUAAUUUCACUUUUUAAAAAGCCACCUGCAAUUAAACGGGGCUCAUCCUUUCAUUUUUAAAAAGUUACCGUAUUUUUCUGUGUAUAAGAUGCCCCCAUGUAUAAGACGCCCCCUAUUUUGGGGCGACUCCAAAUUAAGAAAACACCUCUCAGCACUACCUGUGUAUAAGACGAGCCCCAAUUUUAAACCCUUUCUUUUUUGUAAAAAACCUAGUCUUAUACACGGGGGGAAAACGGUAUUAGUGUUGGAAUGUAUCGGGCUAUGUCAUACCGGUGGUGACCAUUUCACGCAGGGGUUGCUUUCCUGGCCCCCAAGCACAGCGGCAGAGCAUGCAAGAGUGUGACCCAUCUCGUUACACCCCCCCCCCCCAUUCCGCCUUCUUCUUGGUCCAAAAGAACCCGCUCAUCAGCAAUCGCGCAUCAGUGGGACAUGCCAAAAAUGGUUGCCACCUGCACUUGUAGUAGGCCAUUGAAAUCAAUGAACAAGUUAGUCAUGACUGAUUUUAGUCCAUUGAUAGCAGUGAGUCUGCUCUUGAGUAUGAUGUAGCUGGAUACAACCCUUCCAGGAUCAGUAAUUAUUGAAAAAACUGCUGGUGACUGGCGCCAUCUUGGCAAUGGCAUUUCCCUUUCACUCUCACAGGAAUGUCUGUUUUAAUAUGGCACCUGCAUAUACCAGGGUUGCCAGCGCUGCCUUCCUAUAGUUGUGUUGUCACCAGCCCCAGACAGUAUGGCUAAUGGUCUGGAAUGUUGGAAGCCAUAGGACUUUUGCUGGUCCGUGUUAGCUGCUCAUGAAAAUAUACGCAAACCAUUUAAAGGCAAACUAUGCUCUGCCUCCUUCAGUUGUUUUGCCCUUUGCAAAUUUAGGAAGUGUUAAUUGAUUAGAUGACAGCUCUACUUGGAAGUCUCUCGAAGUCUCUCAAAUCCAUCUCUAAUAAGGGAACAAGCUAGCUAUCUUUUUAAGAAAGGCCAGCAAGAGAGAGAUCGCCUAUUGGCAGCGGCGGCGAUUGCAUUUCAGAAACCAUCAGUAGUUGGAAUGGAAAGCCUGCUUUGAUGUUCCUUAGGGGAGAUGCUGUAAUAAGUCUCUUCUUCCACCACCUCUGUGUUUAGGGUCUGACUCCUGCCCGGGCCCAAGAGAUCUUGGCUCGUGAUGGCCCCAACUCGCUCACUCCGCCUCCCACCACCCCAGAAUGGGUUAAAUUCUGCCGGCAGCUAUUUGGGGGCUUCUCGCUUCUGCUGUGGAUUGGAGCUAUUCUUUGUUUUCUGGCAUAUGGUAUUCAAGCAGCGACAGAGGAAGAACCAAAUAAUGACAAUGUGAGUUAAUAAAUGUGUGUGUGGGAGAGAGAGAGAGAGAAUGAAUCUGAAUUGGGGAGGCUUCACUAUGGCAUUAAGCUGCGUGGCAGGUUUGACCUGAAUCUAAACCGUAUGACCCAAUUCAGACACAACUGGAAGUAUUGAUUCCCAUCAUGUGAAGGAGCUUGUAGUAAGCUUUUAAAUUCUUGAUUAGUGUUCAUUAGCAUGUUUUCCCAUUAUGUCUGAUCCAAUAUCUGCCUUUCAUAGUUCCAUUGUUUUCUAACAAUGUUGUUUGUAACGCUUUAACUGGUGUUACGGCCUACUUUGUUUCAAACACUUCUUGUAAAGUGAUCUACCAGUGGCAGUCUGCAUCAUGUGGCUGGUCUCUUUUUUCCUAUGAUCUGGAAAAUGCUUUCUUCUUCCUCUUGUUCUUUUCCUUUUUCCUUUUUGUUUAUUCCUCCGCCAUCACCUUAUUAUCCGGGUUAUGGGACAGGGUGAGACAUACUGUUGACAAAGUGACUGACUUGCCACCAUGCUGAAUACAACUAAUGUUAUGACCCCAGGCCCACUGUUUGGGAAUUGAAGGAUUUGUCACUCAAAAAAAAAGCACGGGUUCUCGCUUAAAAGUAAUGCAGUGUGUGCAUCUCCUUUCAGUUGUACCUUGGUGUUGUUCUUUCUGCUGUUGUCAUCAUAACUGGCUGCUUCUCUUACUACCAAGAAGCCAAGAGUUCAAAGAUCAUGGAGUCCUUCAAAAACAUGGUGCCUCAGGUACGUAAGCGCUGCUUCUUCAGCUUUUUGUUGUUGUUACAUCUGUCUCAAGACACGGGUAGGCGAAGGGGCUGAUCCAACGCAUGGGUGUUGGCAGGUGUAAAGUUGAAAGUUGUGUUGUUUCUUCUUCUUUCAGCAAGCUCUAGUGAUCCGAAAUGGGGAGAAGAUGAGCAUCAAUGCUGAAGGGGUGGUUGUUGGUGACCUAGUGGAGGUGAAGGGAGGUGACAGAGUCCCGGCUGAUCUGAGGAUUAUUUCAGCUCAUGGUUGUAAGGUAUGUAUAUGCAUGCAGUGAGACUUAAGGGACCGAGAUGCAGCCUGCAGAGUAACCAGGCCUGCCACAAUGGUGCAAUUUCUUGUGCAUUUUCUCAACAACAUGCUUCCUCGCACAGGUGGACAACUCAUCUCUCACGGGUGAAUCGGAGCCCCAGACCAGGUCUCCAGACUUCACAAAUGAGAAUCCACUGGAGACUAGAAAUAUCGCUUUCUUCUCUACCAACUGUGUUGAAGGUAAUACCCAUUUUGGAAUUCAUGAUCAAAUGAACCAGCAGAGCGUUGAAGUCUGAGGAAUUCUAGAAGUGAUGGGUACUUCAGAACAAGGGAAGCUCUUGAUUAGCUGCCUUUUCUGUUAGCCCGUGAUGCUGGCGGAUGAUAAUUUGUGCGGCCAAAAACCUUGCGUUUGUGUUCUCUCAGAACAGUGAUCACUUUCAGACAAAGGGAAUCCCAACUCCAUCCAUAUCUUAGCCAGAAUCGGAGAAUGGUCACAUUUCUGCCAAACUGCCCCCAAUAUUUUCGUAGCCACAUUUGUUUUGUCAUCAGCUUGUGAAGAAGGUGCAGCGUCUUGCCCUUUGGAGAGGAGGGGGUAGGCAAAGGUGACAUGGGGGAGUGUCUGGAGGCGGUUGGAGGAUGGAUGGCGGCUAACAGAAUGAGGUUGAAUCCUGACAAGACAGAAGUACUGUUUUGGGGGGGGGACAGAGGGCGGGCAGGUGUGGGGGGCUCCCGUGUCCUGAAUGGGGUAGCUGUGCUCCUGAAGGACCAGGCACACAGGCUAGAAGUCAUUUUGGACUCACAGCUGUCCAUGGAGGCGCAGGUCAACUCUGUGUCCAGGGCAGCUGUCUACCAGCUCUAUCUGGUUUGCAGGCUGAGACCCUACCUGCCCGUGGACUGUCUCGCCAGAAUGGUGCAUGCUCUAGUUAUCUCCCACUUGGACUACUGCAAUGCGUUCUGUGUGGGGCUACCUUUGAAGGUGACCCAGAAUGUACAACUAAUCCAGAAUGCAGCAGCUAGACUGGUGACUGGGAGCGGCCGCCAAGACCAUAUAGUACCAGUCCUGAAAGACCUACAUUGGCUCCCAGUACGUUUCCAAGCACAAAUCAAAGUGUUGGUGCUGACCUUGAAAGCCCUAAGCCGCCUCAGCCCAGUAGACCUGAAGGAGCGUCUCCACCUCCAUCGUUCAGCCUGGACACUGAGGUCCAGCAUCAAGGGCCUUCUGGCGGUUCCCUCACUGCGAGAAGCGAAGUUACAGGGAACCAGGCAGAGGGCCUGCUUGGUAGUGGUGCCCGCUCUGUGGAAUUCCCUCCUACCAGAUGUCAAGGAAAUAAACAACUACCAGACUUUUAGAAGACAUCUGAAGGCAGCCCUGUAUCAGGAAAUUUUUAAUGUCUGAUGUUUUAUUAUAGUUUAUGUGCUGUAAGCUGCCCAGAGUAGCUGGGGAAACCCAGCCAGAUGGGCAGGGAAAUAAUAAUAAUAAUAUAUAUAUUUUAAAUUGUGGGUGGUAGCUGCCAGCUGCUUUAUGAAGCUGUGUGCAGUGAAGCUUCUUAAACAGCGUCUUUUCUAAGAAUGUUUACUUGAUAAAGUUCCUCUUGUGAAAACCCAUACGCCACCAUUCUUGAUGAGAGUGGGAGUAUCUAGUUUGCUUACAUCAAACUUACAAUGCCACCUUAACAUGCAGAACUGUGUUUACACAGAGUGAGCAAAUACACGUUUUUCCCACGCCCGCAGACUUGGCUGCUAAAACUUUGCCACUGUUUUCCAGGCACGGCCCGUGGUGUUGUCAUCAACACUGGCGAUCGGACGGUCAUGGGCCGCAUUGCUUCGUUGGCUUCCGGACUGGAAGGGGGGCAGACGCCCAUUUCUAUUGAGAUUGAGCACUUCAUCCACAUCAUCACUGGCGUGGCCGUCUUCCUUGGCGUUUCCUUCUUCAUCCUCUCACUGAUCCUUGAGUACACUUGGCUGGAGGCGGUUAUCUUUCUCAUUGGCAUCAUCGUGGCCAACGUCCCCGAGGGGCUGCUCGCUACUGUCACAGUAAGUCAGUGCUGAGAUCUGGAUGAUGCCCAGCUCUGCCUCUCUUUCAAAUCAGAACCAGUGAAGGUCCUGUGUGAGUGUCUGGAGGCUGUUGGAGUAUGGAUGGUGGCUAACAGAAUGAGGUUGAAUCCUGACAAGACAGAAGUACUGUUUUUGGGGGACAGGGGGCAGGCAGGUGUGGAGGACUCCCUGGUCCUGAAUGGGGCAACUGUGCCCCUGAAGGACCAGGUGCGCAGCCUGGGAGUCAUUCUGGAUUCACAGCUGUCCAUGGAGGCGCAGGUCAAAUCUGUGUCCAGGGCAGCUGUCUCCCAGCUGCAUCUAGUACGCAGAUUGAGACCCUUCCUGCCCGUGGACUGUCUCACCAGAGUGGUGCAUGCUCUGGUUAUCUCUCGCUUGGACUACUGUAAUGCGCUCUAUGUGGGGCUACCUUUGAAGGUGACCCGGAAACUACAACUAAUCCAGAUUGCGGCAGCUAGACUGGUGACUGGGAGCGGCCGCCGAGACCACAUAAUGCCGGUCUUGAAAGACCUACACUGGCUCCCAGUACUUUUCCAAGCACAAUUCAAAGUGUUGGUGUUGACCUUUAAAGCCCUAAACGGCCUCGGUCCAGUAUAUCUGAAGGAGCGUCUCCUCCCCCAUCGUUCUGCCCGGACACUGAGGUCCAGCUCCGAGGGCCUUCUGGUGGUUCCCUCACUGCAAGAAGUGAGGUUACAAGGAACCAGGCAGAGGGCUUUCUUGGUAGUGGUGCCCACCCUGUGGAACACCCUCCCAUCAGAUGUCUAGGAAAUAAACAACUACCAGACUUUUAGAAGACAUAUUAAGGCAGCCCUGUUCAGGGAAGCUUUUAAUGUUUAAUAGAUUAUUGUAUUUUAAUAUUCUGUUGGAAGCCACCUAGAGUGGCUGGGGAAACCCAGCCGGAUGGGCAGGGUAUAAAUUUAUUAUUAUUAUUAUUAUUAUUAUUAUUAUUAUUAUUAUUAUUAUUUGGGAACUGCUGCAGAGAUGGGCAGCCACCUGCCUUCCAGAGCCAAAUUGCCCCUGUUCCUUGGUAGUUGAAUGCAAGCCUUUCUCUUUGUCAUUCUCCAGGUUUGUCUGACAUUAACUGCCAAGCGCAUGGCCCGUAAGAAUUGUCUGGUGAAGAACCUGGAAGCUGUGGAAACUCUGGGCUCCACCUCGACGAUCUGCUCUGACAAAACUGGCACCUUGACUCAGAACCGCAUGACGGUUGCUCACAUGUGGUUUGAUAACCAAAUCCAUGAGGCCGACACCACAGAAAACCAAAGUGGUAAGCUGGCUGCUCUCUCCAUCAAAUAAGCUCUGUGGUACGGCUGCCUCUUGCUGGUAGUCAAAACAUGUAAAUCAGCAUGCCCCCCCCCCAAAGUGUUAAUAAGGCUCUACAACAGAAGCUCUUACCAUUGCAUGAAAUCGUUUCUGUGUUCCCAGUGUAGCCAAGGAUAAACACAUUCAAAGCCUGACUGAAGGAGCAUUCUUGGCUGUGUAAUCACAAGAAAGCUGGAUUCUAGAUUAAUUUACUGUGUUUAGAAAGCCCAUGCUGCCUUUGAAAAAAUGAAUAAAAACCAGCCGUUAUUCAGCACACUCUCUAUAUAAUAUACCCAGAAGUCCUGAGAUUCGUGCUUCAGUUAGUGGCAUCUCCCAGGCUGGGCCUAAGCUGCCACUUUAGUACUGUACGGACCGUCCAUAGUUGCCAGCAUGCACAGGAGAUUUGCGCAGUUGUUGUAUGCACGAAGUCAUACUUAGUGACAAAUGGGGCUGGGGGGGAAUGAGACAAAGCCAAUCAAUCUGGUUUUGUGUCUGACAACAUCCCUGCUGCUUCCCACCUCCACAGGUGCCUCUUUCGACAAGACGUCUCCCACCUGGACGGCUUUAUCCAAGGUGGCUGGACUCUGCAACCGGGCUGUGUUUCAGGCCGGCCAGGAAAACGUUCCCAUUCUGAAGGUGAGUUCAUCCCCCGGCUUAACCACAGGGGCUGCUCACUGCUUCCGCUUGACCCUCCGUGUGAAAGCAUCAUGAAAGAGGAUGCAGUCGGGGGGUAACAGGCUUCUGCCAGCAGCAGAGGCAGCUCUGCGUCCCCUCCAGGGCCAGAAUGGCAACCUUUCUUUAUGCUCAAGUUGUCAGUGGACAUUUCUGUGGAUUCUUCUAUGGCCCAGAACCACUGGAUUGCUGUAGCAACAAAAAAGUAAACUGAAGGAGGCCUACGCUAACUUAGGAAUAGAAAAAACGUAAUAGUGCAGAAGUGUGAUUUAAAUAAUACUGUACAACCUAUGCUUGCCAUACUGAUCAGUCUGUGAGACAUCUGACAACAUCCUCACCUUUUUUUUCUUUUGCAAUUCUGGGCAAGCAGCAAGGCCAGGAAAUUAUUAUUAUUAUUAUUAUUAUCAUCAUUAUCAAGCUGCUAGUCUGUGUUAACCUUCCUUAUGCAGGCCUGGUUUUAGGUAUAGGUCAGUGAUGGCCAAACUUGCCCCCCCCCCGAGCUGUUUUAGGACUACAACUCCCAUCAUCCCUAACUAACAGGACCAGUGGUCAGGGAUGAUGGGAAUUGUAGUCCCAAAACAGCUGGAGAGAGAGCCAAGUUUGGCCAUCACUGGAUAGGUGCUCUUUCUACCAGCAGAGCAAAUUUAACUUAUUUCUGAGUAUCUCCAGUUUAUUUCCCUGAUGGGCAGCAGCUGUGCUCAAUAUCUUCUGUUGUGUCAUCAUUUCGGAAGUAGUCCCUUCCACUAAAAAAGGUUGUAUCCCUAUUGAAGAGAAACCUGGCGAGAGGCCUGUGUCUCAGGGGUGUAGCAUGUGCUUUGCAUACUCCCAAAUUCAGUCCCCAGCAGCAUCUCCUGAUGGGGCUCGGAAAGUCUUCUGUCUGACUUCUCAAUGCUCCUCACUUUACAUGUAGAUAAUCCUGAGCCAGAUGGACCAAAGUGCUGACUGUGUGUAAAGCAGCUUCCUCUAUUUUGGCCACUGGGUUACCUUAAAGAAAGGGGAAAUCGGAAAGGAGGGAGGUUCAUCUUCAAGGGCUUCAUCAUCUACUCACUGUGAACCCCUGUCUUGUUUCUCAGAGGUCCGUGGCAGGGGAUGCCUCUGAAUCUGCGCUGCUCAAAUGCAUUGAACUGUGCUGUGGGUCAGUCAAGGAGCUGCGAGAGAAAAACCCCAAGGUGGUGGAGAUACCGUUCAACUCGACCAACAAAUACCAGGUAAGAACGUGGUAUUCACAAAACGCCCACCACAUUUCACGUAAACUGUAGCUGUUAUAUCAAAUGUAGCAACUUUUCACUUUGGGCUGAUGUCAUGAACUGGCCAGAUGCAGAGGAGUGGGGGGGGGUGGAGGCACCCAAGGGAAGGAGGUGUUGGAAGCUGAAUAGGCAACAGAGUGUAGUGAGCAGGAAGAGGCAGAGGACCAGCCCAGAAUCAGAGGCAGAGGACCGGGGCCAAGAGGGAGAGAUGAGGCAGGCUGAAAAAGCCAGGGGGUCUCCCCCUCCUGCUGUGUCCAACUCCCCACCUCCCUGGUCUCCCAGAACCCACAGAGGUAUGAAGAGCGCAGAGCGGAGACAGACAAGGCAUCAGUCUCAGAUUGCUCGGGAAGAAUGUGGGGGGAGGCCGAGAUGUUUUGUUUCUUUGAAUGAAGAAUUAACUUCACUCAUACCUUGUGAGUUACUGCUCCCGACCCCUGCCCUGACAGCUAGGUUGGUUCUGUAUUUAACUCCGGUGCGGUUUCGUUCCAUGCCAGUCAGGAUGCGGCUUUGUCUGAAAGAGCUUAGUAGAUGUUUGAGGCUGUGUAGAACUUUGUAGUGCCUUCCGAACCACCCUCAUAGAUGAAACGCUACCCUCGAAAUCAAUUUUCUAACGCUUUUCUAAUGCAGCUGUCGAUCCACAACAAUGCAAACACAUCAGAAUCGCGGUACCUGCUUGUGAUGAAAGGAGCCCCAGAGCGAAUCCUGGACCGUUGCAGCACCAUCCUGAUCCACGGGAAAGAGCAGCCCUUGGACGAAGAAGCUAAAGAUGCGUUUCAGAAUGCCUACCUUGAGUUGGGAGGCCUGGGGGAGAGAGUCCUAGGUAAGGUGUUCUGUGGACUCUUUUCCAGGUCUGUCUUAGAAUAAUGUGCUUGCUUUCGUACAGCCAAGAAAUCACUCUUGCAAAUUCUUUGAGUGAAACAGAGCAACGCAUGCUGGGCUCUGUAGCUUUGCAUAGAUUAUAACGUGAAACAUUGGUCAGGCUUUGUUUGUUGUAAGCUUUCAAUGCUUGCUGCAGCCUCACAUAGAAGGAGAGAAUCCGGUUCUCUCUGAAUAAUACUUUCCACUCGCUUCCCCCAGAGCCCAAACGCCGGAUUCCACAAGGGUUUCUCAAAUGUUGUUGGGCAUCUUAGCAAUCAAAAUAGGCAGGCUCAGCACCUGCUCCCCUCGUACGAGAGCAUGUGAAAUCAUUUCAAUUGGAUUUGUUGGCAGGCUUUUGCCACCUGGCUCUUCCCGAUGAGCAGUUCCCAGAAGGCUUCCAGUUCGACACGGAUGAAGUCAACUUCCCGGUAGAGAAUCUCUGCUUUGUUGGGUUGAUUUCUAUGAUUGACCCUCCUCGCGCUGCUGUGCCUGAUGCCGUGGGCAAAUGCAGAAGUGCUGGAAUAAAGGUAAGCCACUUCUCCCCGUCACUCUGAAAUAGUAAAUCCACAACACCCAAGAACACAGAAAAGGGGCUUUAUUUGUGUGCCAAGGAAGGUUCAGUCCAGGGACAGCUGUCAACUGCUUUUCCAUCUCAAAAGCAAGUGUGAAAACAUGGUUGCUGGUGGUGGUCCUACCUCUUGAAUAAACUGCUGCAACACUCGCCUCUCUCCUCAGGGACAGUGGCAUUUUGAAGAGAUGGGUUUCCUCCAUCUUGUUUCUAGCUGCCACAGACUGAUGUUGCCCUGUUUUGCCUUCCAGGUCAUUAUGGUGACAGGCGACCAUCCAAUCACAGCUAAAGCCAUUGCCAAGGGUGUUGGCAUAAUCUCUGAAGGCAACGAGACUGUGGAAGACAUUGCUCUUCGCCUCAACAUCCCAGUCAGCCAGGUCAACCCCAGGUACUGAGAAGCCGUCUGGCUGGAAAGGGACCGUAGAGCUUGUCUCAGGGAGGGUGGGGGGUCCUGCCAGUCGCCUUGUAAAUUCCGGAAUUUUAACAGCAAGUAUCUGUGUUAAGAGAUAUGUGAAGAAAACUGGUAAGCAGCAUGUUGGGGAAGCUGUGUUGCAGCUUCAUCUCUCAAUUGAGCUGACUUCAUCCUUUUAUUUUAAAUAAAAUUACACACACACACACACACACACACACACACACACACACCACUCAGCUACAAUCGUCUUGCAAGUGGUUUGUAAGAAAUACAAUACAGAAAACAUAAAAUCCAGUGAAAAUUGCAAAAUCAGGCUUUGGUUAAAAUGCCUUCUGGAAUAAUACAGUCGUACCUUGGCUCCUGAACAGUCAAAAACCAGAAGUGAUCGUUCCGGUUUUCGAACAUUCUUUUGGAAGUUGAACGUCCUUGCUGGGCUUCUGUGGCUUCCGAUUGGCUGCAGGAGCUUCCUGCAGCCAAUCGGAAGCCAUGCCUUGGAAGGCGAACGAACUUCCAAGGUGUGUCUGUAAUAAUAAGUCUUCAGAAGGCACUGGAAGUUCAACAGGGAGGAGCCCUGCUGAAGUCAGCCAAAAGUUGAGCCCAUAAUACUUAAUAAUAAUAAUAAUAAUUUAUUAUUUUUACCUCGCCCAUCAGUUCCUGGUGGAUAUGAGCCAUGACUCCUCCAUGGGGGCUACCAACAUGGACUCAAUGUUCAGGCAGGCAUAUACAAGGGGUAUGAUGCGCCCAGAGUGUUAAGGCGCCAUGUAGAUUUAUACUGGAAUGUUGUAUUUUGCCACUUUGGUCUUCCAAGUGGACUCUUCACUAAAACCAUGAACAUGAUCAGCGGCCAAUCUGACUGAGAGUCUGCCCACAUUGGAGGGGGAAGGGGCAGGAUUUGGUGUAACGUUUAGGAGUUCUCAAAACUCUCUUCUUUUAAAUCCCAGGGAUGCCAAAGCGUGUGUCAUUCAUGGCUCCGAUUUGAAGGACAUGACCAGUGAGCAGCUGGAUGAUAUCCUGAGACACCACACGGAAAUAGUCUUUGCCAGAACUUCUCCUCAACAGAAGCUCAUCAUUGUGGAAGGCUGCCAGCGCCAGGUAAGCCGAGGGGACCCUCAUUCACGCUAAUGGUGCUAAACUGGGGGGGGGGGAGCCUAGUGGGGGGAGAAAAGGGGCUAUUCCAGCUUAGUCUAAUGUGUGCGCAGCUUGGAUCUGGGAACUGAAGGUCCUUUUCCUUCCCCUCUUCUCCUUCCAGGGCGCCAUUGUAGCUGUCACAGGAGACGGUGUGAAUGACUCCCCUGCUUUGAAGAAGGCAGACAUUGGCGUUGCCAUGGGUAUCGCCGGGUCUGAUGUCUCCAAACAGGCAGCUGACAUGAUUCUGCUGGACGACAACUUUGCCUCCAUUGUCACUGGGGUCGAGGAAGGUGAGUUCCUCCUUCCUGUGGCUGGUUUGGUGUUCGGAAUGCAAGGAGCAGAAGACUUCCCUUUCCUUCCUCCCAUCCCAUGUCAAAUUCCAGGUGUCCACAAACUUUCACUACCUGGGGCUCCACAUUUGUGUGUGUGUGUGUGUGUGUGUGUGUGUGUGUGUGUGUGCGCUGAAAGCUUCCUUGGACUUGAAUGCUGGCCAGCAAAGUGGAACCAGCUCCUGCUCCUCAGCACUAGAUUAUUUUUUGCUUUCAGUUAAGUUUAGUCUGCUGAGGUGAUUUCUUUCCUAUCUACAUCAGUGUGAAAUGAGACCUGUUGUCUUUGUGGCUUGUGUGGACGUUAGUCCUGGGGACCUUGUGAAGACGGUCCUUUUCUUCCCCCUUCCUUUGUCUCAGGCCGCCUGAUUUUUGAUAACCUGAAGAAGUCAAUUGCCUACACCUUGACCAGUAACAUCCCUGAAAUCACGCCUUUCCUCAUCUUCAUCAUCGCAAACAUUCCCCUGCCUCUGGGUACAGUCACCAUCCUGUGUAUUGACUUGGGGACUGAUAUGGUUAGUAAGUCAUCUUUUUAUUUAUUUCUGCCAUAAAUAAGGUUUUGGUUCUGACCUGUAAAGCAAGCCAAGUUACUUGAAGGCGCGUACUCCUCCCUACUGCUCUAGUCGAUCAUUACAAUCAACUAACCCCAGAACUCUAGAGUUGGAAGGGACCAUGACGGUCAUCUAGUCCAACCCUCUGCGAUGCAGAAUUUUUUUUCACCCAACGUGGGAUUCAAACCCAUGACCCUGACAUUAACAGCCUCAUCCCUUGCCUAUCCCAGAUGAGGCUGCCUUAGUGCUGCAGCCUGUGGAGAUCUAGUUAUCAGCGCAGAGCAGGGUAUUGAGUCUAAUGUGGAUGUUCUAUUUCUAAAAUGUAUUGUUCACUGCCUUGAGACUGGCAUGGUAGGUGGUGUAGUUUAUUAUUUGUUAAAACUUCUGUAGCACUUUUGCACCCAAUAGCCUACAUCCUUCCUGGGGCUUUGUUCAUAUUGCACAGGUCUUCUAAAAUGCUUGCUUAGGAAGACUGAAUUUUCCCCUCUCCCCAAACCCCUUGUAUUUUUAUCAUUAUUUUGGCCUGGGCAAUACAGAUUCAUGCAGGAAAUGAAACUUGUGAAGUUAUAUCUAAUGCUCUCUCCCUCCCAAGGUUCCUGCCAUCUCUCUGGCGUAUGAGCAGGCAGAAAGUGACAUCAUGAAGAGGCAGCCCAGAAACCCCAAGACAGACAAACUGGUGAAUGAAAGGUUGAUCAGCAUGGCUUACGGUCAGAUCGGUAAGGAAGCUUCCAGUUGGCUGGCCCAGAGGUUGACGGAUUGCAGCUUGCAUACGGUGGAAUUUUGGCCCUUCCGUAUUGUUGGAAGUUUUUUGAGGGGUCCAUACAGUCGAGGCGCAUGAAAUCCUCCUGCAUGUGGGAGAAGUGGGAGAUCCAACUUUUGGCACAGUACAAUGGAGGGCUUGGGGUGUGGACCUGCAGCUUAACCUUUCCCCUGUGCCAUUUCUGGCAGUGUGUGGACGAUUGCUGUAUCCUGAGCAAGAGAGGAAAGGGGCAGAGAGGGCCAUAGUCAAAACUGGAAAGAGGUGGUUUCAGUGGGGAGGGACUCUCACACAUGACCUGCUACUGGGAGGUGGCUGCUUUGUGUAAUCUUACUUUAGCCAAUUAGGAGCUUAAAAUAUGCAGUCAUACCUUGGUUGUCGAAGAGAAUCCGUUCUGGAAGUCCGUUCGACUCCCGAAAACAUUCAACAACCAAGGCGCGGCUUCCGAUUGGUUGCAGGAGCUUCCUGCACACAGUUGGAAGCAGAUGUUCAGCUUCCAAAGAAUGUUUGCAAACCGGAACACGCACACAGGUUUGCAGCGUUCGAGAGCCAAAGCAUUCGACUCACAAGGCAUUCAGCUUCCGAGGUAUGACUGUAUAAUGUGUGGAGUGGGAGGAGGGAGGGCGGAAUCACAUAGAGCUUCAAACUUCCUGGUAGUCUUAACUUACACAGUUCAAAAGUGUUAAUUUAGAAGCAGCUGGCUCCUCUACAGCCGGUCCUCAAGUGCAGAGGAUGAUGAAGAAAGCAGGCAUGGCCAGAAAUUUAGAAGGUGCGCAUUCUUGUGCUGUAGACCUGGUGGGACACAGCGAAGUCUCAGUUGAGAAUGGGGAAUAGCUGACGUGCCCUUCGUGUGCUCAGCCUACAAGGAGAUCAUCAGAACAGUAGCUCAGUGCAAAUGCAACUGGAGCUUUGGUAGCACAGGCGUGGCUUCACCCUCUUACCUUGAAGAUUGGCUGAAAGGAGGCCUCCGCAUCGGUGUCCCAGGUGUUUCUCAAUUCAAAGAGUUGUUUUCUAGCAGUUGCCCAUGGAGAACUAAUUCCCCUUCUUCCCGCUACCCUUGCAUAGGAAUGAUCCAGGCCUUGGGAGGCUUCUUCACCUACUUCGUGAUCCUUGCAGAGAACGGCUUCUUGCCGUCCACCUUGCUGGGGAUUAGAGUGUCGUGGGAUGAUCGGUGGAUUAAUGAUGUGGAGGAUAGUUAUGGACAGCAGUGGGUGAGUUUUCAGAGAGCUUAAGAGGACUGUUAAAGAGUUACUUUAGCUGCAUUAUGGAUGGCCGCAAGUAGGAAGGACAAAGUUUGAAAACAGUCUCUCUUCUGCUUUAAUCCCUCAGACUUACGAGCAAAGGAAAAUUGUGGAGUUCACUUGCCACACAGCUUUCUUCGUUAGCAUCGUGGUGGUGCAGUGGGCAGACUUGGUUAUCUGCAAGACCAGAAGGAAUUCUGUUUUCCAGCAAGGAAUGAAGUGAGUCGUGGGUUGCCAACAACCCCCCCUUUCCCAGCAGCUAGUUUUUGUGUGUUGGCUUUUGAGCCUUUCGGGAGAGACAAAAAUAGAUUGAAAUUAAAAUAGGAAUAGCUCUGUGUGGCCGAUGCUGAACGCAGUGUGCCAGAUUUCAUGUGGAAUGGAAACCAGGUUGCCAAACCAAGCCAGUGUUGGAGUGGUUGGUGUGUUGGUCUAGGACCUGAGAGACCAGGGUUCAAAUCCCUAUGCAGCCAUGUCUCCCUGGGGGACUCUGGGUCAGGGUCACUGACUUUCAGCCUUAUCAGGGAGUACACCUGGUUCUGCCCUUCUCUUUUUUCCAAUCACAACAAACCCCGCAGGGUAGGCUUACCUUAGAGCAGUGUUUCCCAAACCUGGAUCUGCAGCUGGUUUGGGACUACAACUCCCAUCAUCCCUAGCUAGCAGGACCAGUGGUGAAGGAUGAUGGGAAUUGUAGUCCAAAAGAAAAAAAAAAAAGCUGGAGACCCAAGUUUGGGAAACACUGCCUUAGAGGAAAGGGUGAAAAAGUAAGGGUAAAGUGUAAAUAUAAAAACUUGAGCCCUGUAGGUUGUGCUCAUUUCCACUCAGAAACCAGGGUUGUGAAGAAAGGCUACCUCUUCGAGGGCUAACUUUCCUUAAAACUUCCACAGGAACAAGAUCUUGAUAUUUGGUCUCUUUGAAGAAACUGCCUUGGCAGCUUUCCUCUCUUACUGCCCCGGAAUGGAUGUUGCUUUGAGGAUGUAUCCUCUCAAGUAAGUAGUAAAUCAGCUGCCUGAAGCCGAUCAUCAUCUAAGCUUCCCCUCUCUUGCUGUGGUUGGUCUUGCUGUAAUUUCUACCACUCUUAAUUCCUUGACUGAGUCAUUUUUGUUUGUAAAGACCUGGGAUUAUCCUAAAUUGUACGUUAGCACUUGUUUUUGAAGACUUCAUCUAAACCUCAUACAAGUAUGUAUUAAAACUGGAAUUCUUAUCUUGCAGACCAACAUGGUGGUUCUGUGCCUUCCCCUACUCUCUCCUCAUCUUUGUGUAUGAUGAAGUGAGAAAACUCAUCAUCAGACGCAGCCCUGGAGGUAGGAGUCCGGUGUCUUGCAAUGUUAUUAUUGCGUGGUGUGCAUACAUUGCAUGGUGGUGGUCUGGCAGCAUGAGGGGGGCUGUUACAUGAGGCACUCAAAGUAAUUUAGCAUUAGCCAGUAAGCAGUACAGUCCAUGCAUGGAUGCUGCAAGCAUUUUUACAAUUUUGGAGGGGUUCGUUGGGUGGAUCAAAUGUGGAUUCCGCUACCUUAUUUCAUAGCUCUGCCAAGAUGGAGAAAAAGCCCUCAAAGGUGAUGUUCUGGGGCUUGGAUUGUAGGCAUAAUAGUUCACAACGAUUAACAUCGGUCAGAGGCAUUAGAUAGAAGAAUAGGCUAACUUUUUGCAUCUGAUGUUGAGGACUUGCAGCAAACUUGAGAAAGAAGAAACCCAGCUUGAUGCGGAUCUUUUCUCCUUCUUUCUCUGUAGGCUGGGUGGAAAAGGAAACCUACUACUAGAAUACUACUGGCCAGAUUUGGUUGCACUCUGACACUUCUCCGCUGUGUGAGCUUCUGGAAUGCAGGAAGAUGGAGCCCUUGCAGGGGGUGGAAGCGAUUGGCCGAGGGCUAGAAGAAGCAUGGAAUGGGGGGGGAGGGGAGUGCCCACCAGAGUCCAGGGGUGAGAGUGGAAGGCGGGAGUAGUUUUUAAAUGUGCCUUUUUGUUUUUGUAAGAAACAAUGAGAUUUUAUAUCUGGACUUUUACAAAUAAAGAUGGAUCAUAAGAGGA